AAUGUUUAUAAUGUAUUUUGGUGUUAUCUGAAAUUUUAUAUUGUUAUUUCAAUUGGUUCUCAAAACUAAAUUUCUCUUGUGUGAUUAACUAAUAGCUCUGCAUAUUAGGCAAAUUAUUGAAACUUUGAAAAAAGUUUCCAAAAUCAAUGUCACAAGAGUCUGGAGCAUCGAAAGUACUUCAAAGAAAAAACAAGUUAAAUCAACAACAGGCGAAACCUAAGGUGUGGCAGUAUGUUGGAUACAAAAGUAUUCUUGAGACUGCGACAUGUCAGCGAAUAUAUUCAAUCAGUGGCAAGCGAGAUGAUAUCUCAUUGUUUUAUGUUCAUGGAAACUUCUAUGCUAUCAAUGCAACUUGUCCUCAUGCAGGAGGGCCACUUGAUGUAAUUGUUGAUUUGGAAGACUUGGUAAAAAGGGAAGAACCCCAUGUUAUUUGUCCAUGGCAUCAUUUUUCCUUUAAUUUGUUAACUGGAAAGGCAGAGGAAGGAUUAAAGGCUGAAACCUACCAAGUCAAAGUAGAUGGUGAGAAAGUGUAUGUUUUUCACAGCUACAAACUGUCUGUCAAGCCAUUUGAAACUGAAAUUUGAGAAGAAUGUUUGUGGCAUUUUAAUCUGUUUUAUUUUAUAUUUGUUGCUGUGACAUUUUCUUCAAUGAUGCUAAUUCAUUAUUGCGUUUCUGGUAAUUUCUUCAAAUAAGUAACUGUAGUUUGUUAUUUAAUGUCAACUAUGUCUUAUGUGGCUAUGCAUGUUCAUCACUGUUGGACCAUAGAUAUCUAAACAUAUUUUUAGGUAUCACGCCAAUACAUGUUAUUCGUAUCGUGCUAAUACAUGUGAUAUAUAUUAAGUUAUAUGCUAUAAUAGCAUUGGUUCAACCAUGUUAUACUUAGCGUGUCAUUCAUUUAGGGCCAAGAACAUAUUUGCAUUGUAAUCCGAACAAUGUUAUACAUGGAACUUCUAAAAAAUGGUGGUGCAAUAUAAUAAAUAAACAAACAACUUA